AUGCAGCUGCGCUGGAGCGGCCAUCUGGUGCGCAUGGACGACGAGCGACUACCCAAACGACUCUUCUACGGAGACGUCGCGACGGGUUCUCGCAGUCAAGGAGGCCCAAUUCGCCGUUACAAGGAUACCCCGAAAUCCUCCCUGAAGCGCCUGCAAAUCAACCCGACCAACUGGGAAGAGCUCGCCCGCGAUCGUCCGACAUGGAGGAGAACAGUGAAGACGGGAGCUGCCAUCUAUGAAGCCAACCGAAUCGCCGCCGCCAAAGUGAACCGCGAAGCCCGCAAAUCACAACUUCGCCCAACACGCAACGCCGCCGCACAGCCGCUCCCUACGUGUCCUCGAUGUCAACGGACAUUCCGGGCACGAAUCGGACUUGUUGGACAUCUCCGAACCAACUGCACCUCUCGAACUGCUCCAGCCAUCGUCCCCCCGCCCGCCUCUUCCUCCUCUCUUCCGCCAACUAACUCUGACACUCCUUCUGCACCACCACCUCCAUCCUCCUCCUUCUCCUACACUGCCCCUUCGGAGGCCGUUCAGGCUGCCGUCUCACACAUCGCCAACCACGACACAACAACCACAACCACCCCCACUCCCCCCGAUUCCAGUGUUGAGGAUCAGGACUACACCUGCCCUCACUGCGACCGCACCUUCACCUCUCACAUCGGCCUGGUCGGUCACUUGCGAAUCCAUCGCACAGAGACUGGCGAACCAGUGCCUGGAGCACCAACCUACACCCACCGCACUCGUCUCCACUGCCCACAAUGCCCUCGCACCUUCACUCAUCGCAUGGGUCUAUUCGGCCACAUGCGCAUCCACGAGAGCGGAAUUGACCGCAGCCUUGACACACCCACCCCGCCGCACCCCACUCCCAAUCCAUCACCUUGUGCACCCACUAACCACUCCCCAGCCGACAUCGACGCCACCGACCUUACCACCCCUCACUCCUCCCCUUCCUCCUCCUGUUCCUCCAUCACUGCCACAACGACGGCCGCUUCGGCGUCUGCCGCCCAUGACUUCACCACCGCCGCACCUGACACAACAACAGGCACAACCCCUGCAACCUCCAUCAUCAGACGUGAGGGCCAGGACUACAUCUGCCCUCACUGCGAUCGCACCUUCACCUCACGCAUCGGCCUGGUCGGUCACUUGCGAAUCCAUCGCACAGAGACUGGCGAACCAGUGCCUGGAGCACCAACCUACACUCACCGCACUCGCCUCCACUGCCCACACUGCCCUCGCACCUUCAGGCAUCGCAUGGGUCUCUUCGGCCACAUGCGCAUCCACGUGAGCGGAAUUGACCACAAUUCCGAUACAGCCACGACAUCCAACACAUCCACCACAAUGCAGACUGCGGGGCACACGGUGGUCAUCGUCGAAAUCGACGGACGAACUGUCGUGUGUGUGUGUGUGUGUGUGUGUGUGUGUGUGUGUGUGUGUGUGUGUGUGUGUGUGUGUGUGUGUGUGUGUGUAAUUUUCGUGCCCUCAAAACGGGCCACCUGUUAGAUGCGCUGGACCAACACGGGGGCCACAUCGGACUCUGGCAUCGUUAUCUUUGCGUAAUAACAAAUGCCAACAUUUGCGGGGUGGGCUGCGGACCCUGUUGUCGGCAUUCGUCGCACAACUGGACCACUGCCUCCACCCCAUUGUUUUGUGGUCAAAAUCCUGGUCAUUUGUGUGUGGACCAGGGGGUGCGGAGUGGAGCGCCAAGGCGAGGAUCCGUCCGAGCCAUCCACCUGCGGCCUCCCUCGUCUCCGGUCUUCUUGACUCUGUCUUGACACCGGGCUCAGGCGGGGGAGGAGGAGAGAGUGUAGGUAGAUGCAGCGCAAGUCUACUGCCACUAUAGACCCCUGCGCAAAUCACCGUCCCUGCUCCCACAAUGCAGUCUGUGGGGCACACGGUGGUCAUCGUCGAAAUCGACGGACGAACUGUCGUGUGUGUGUGUGUGUGUGUGUGUGUGUGUGUGUGUGUGAGUCCGUUCACGAGGUGGGCGCAGAAGUAACUUAUGCGUGCACUGGAUCCCAAAGAUGCCGACUUGCGAUGCACCUGCUUCGCCCCACUCCCCCCCUCAAUCAUCUUGCUGCGGAGGUGGGUCUGAACGCAGUAACUGACCUGUAUCGCACACGACCAUUCAACUGGUUCGUACAUGCUUUUUCAACAGCCAUUCCAACAGCGUCAGACUGACUUUCAUACAUGCUGCAGACGUGUUGUGCGUGAUUGUUGAUAGCUGCUGUAUGUGUGCGCCUGUUUUUUUCGUCUUUGUACGUUGGUGUCUGGGCUGACUUACUCUACCGAACACCUGCCUGACACCUUCGUGUGACCGAAUAUGCCCAUGGGAUGGCCGACUCCCCUGGGACGGAUGUGGCAAAUGUGUGCUUCAGCUCCUUGUAUUCGUUCACCGAUCUCAGUGUGGGGGGUUUGCAACUGACGCGUGAGGCAAAUAUACGCUAGCAGUAUGGACCGGGUGAACAGAGUCAUCGUGGCUGGUGCGCGGGACUAUCCUCACUGGUGCUGCCGGGCCGGUUGUCUUACUAUGAGACUGGGUCCGCAGAUGUCCAACUGGGCGAAUCGGUGCCCCCAGCGUCCGUCGAGUAUAUGGAGGCGAUGGUAAGGUCUGGGUGGUUGCGUCGUUAGUUCGGGAUACUUGAGCAUCACAAGUCGGUCCGCCGCAUCCACCAACGCUCAUUAUGUGUCCGGUUCGGUAUCCAGGAUCCCUUUCCGUCGCUUCAUAUUCACCAUUAUACAGAUGUAUGGCAGCAGAGUUGUGAUCAGUUUGGUCGUGGCUUGGAAGGCCGAAGGUAACUCAAUCCUCGGAGUGAGUGGGUGACCCUGAGCCAGGUGGCAACUGCUCCCUCCUAAUAUGGCCAUUGCGACAUUCUCAUGCAAAUGAGAUUUGUGCCGUCCUUACGGACGCCUAUCAAAAGUGGUGGGAGCCGGGCCGUGUGCGGCGCACGUAGACGCACUGUGGCUGAGUCAACCUCCGGUCGUCAUGCCAGCAGAGCAAAGUGGGGAAGGGAGGAGGGAGAGGGCAGUAGACGUCACCUAAGUCACCGCUGUCCCGUGGUGCGCGCGAGAGAUGCUGCCAUCCGUGAUGAUCAGAUUAUCAGUAUGUUUGGUUGGUCUGUUUAUUUGCCCUCUAGAAGACUAGAAGCUAUACGAGGGCUGUGUUUUCACAAGGAGUGGGCAUUUUGAAGCUCUCCCUACUUCCACUGUCCCGUCGGCUGGUGUAGCCUUUGCCGACAUGUUGACAAACAAGCUCCGUCUGGGAAGACGGCGAAUAAACAUGCGUAGAACACUACCCAGCCGGUGGAGGUGGGGGAGAGAGAGCAUCAAGCAGACGGUCGUCUGUCUCGAUAGCCCACUGCCCUCUCAAAGUGCAUCACUGCCCCCGUUAAGGGGGGGGGGGCGAGUGGGUGUGCUGCGUACGCGAUGAUUAAUUAGACCGUGCUCAGGUUUUGUCUGAGAUGGGACUCUGACAAUCUGUUCAUCAUCCGCAUUCCAUCCAAGUCGUCGAAGUGUCCAGCGGAGAAAAGUGUUCUGGCUGGCUAACCUACAGCCACCGCUGUGAAACAUCGAGUGGUGAUUAACUAAUGCCAUCUGGCGGUUCUCCGACGAUACUGACGGUGCGGUCACUGUCACCAGUCCGCAUUGCCUUCCAUUUUGCAAACUCGGCAUGAUUUCAUCACUUGGGGUUGGCGUUGGCCACGGCGGAGAGAGCGCUUGUGUUAGGGUUUUCUGACAGCAUAACACCGGAUUCGCUAACCGUAUAGCUACUGCCUCGGCCGUUGCUAGUAUCCGUUGGCGCAGGCCUUUAGAGAAGCAUGUUGGUGUCCGGUAGACAACCUGAAAUGCUUUCUUGGCAUCGACUCGGUGAUUCGUAUCGAUUAAAUGCGCGAGAAUAUAACUCAAAAAUCGACCGGGUCUCACCUCUGUCUAGCCAGGCGGGCAUAUGUUCACGCACCCUCUUCAACAGGCGUCUCGUUGUGCGGCCGAUGUAUCCUGCUCCACAGGAGCAAGUGAAUGAAUAAAUGCACAUUGAUGUGGCCUCCAACGGUAGUCUGUCUUUACCUCCCAAACGUAGGAGGGGAGAGUUUGUGAAGCAUACGCGUAAAUUCGCCGCAGGGAAUGCCCUCGUGAUAGCUGUAGUUAAGCGCCGUCGGACUAGUUCGCUCUCUGCGUCGAUGGUUUAGACGACUAUAUGUCCCGCAACCUGGUCGAAGGAUACACUCUCCAUGAGUGCACAGAGAACGGAAGAUGGCCGCCCGCUGGAUCAAGAAUGUAGAAAUCAUUUUUCGAGGGCGCAAAUCCUCGGAAGUAGGAAUUCAUGCGGGCAGAGGACGCUCGAUUCGCAGAGGAGCGCGAAUCGCCCACAAUCAAAACUCAGAUCGAUUUGGUUCUUACAGCUCUUAUGACCCUGUCACAUGCUCUGAAAUCUUAAUCAUAGCCGAACAAAGGAGAAGUCGGGUUCUGUCUGCCGUGUCAAGUCAGAUGUAGCAAGCACCACCCAGUGUCUGGGUUGGAUGCGUCUUUCCCAAAAGCUUUGAAAACUUAAAAAACACUCCGUAUCACAAACACGAGUUUGCAUCAUCUUCUUCACGGUGGGGUUGUGCUGACACAGGAAGGGGAAUACAACCUCGCAAACAAGUGGAUUCUUAACGGCCUGUCACGCAGAUGUCUUGCUAAUAAACCAUUACUAAAUUCAUUAAGUGCGUCCUCGGUUCUGACGAUCGAUUUAUAGGAACCGCAAGUUUUUCAACAGUCAAAAUUUGCAUUGUGGACAAGGACAUUUAGGUUGGAAGCAAAAUUUAUUUGCGAAAACCACUCUUAACAAUAGCGUCAUUGACACAUUUGAUCGCGGAGCUAUAAAGAGGGAACAGAAUUAAUCAGGUAAGCCUCUGGUAUCUCCAGACCUGGGCGUAAGUACGGCUGGCAGAUAACGACUAAUAGGCCAGAAAUGAAUAUUCAUAACGACAUAUCUGAUCGCAAUCGAGAGGGCAGCGGGUCUGUGGUUCAGUGGUAUAGCGACGGACUUAACGUUCAAUUGCCAAAUAAUUCGAGUUCGGAUCAUAGUUUAUACAAACCUGGGGUCGACUAUGGCUGGCCGAUGAUGGCCGGUUAGGUAGAAAUGGACAUCCCAGUUUCUCUCCACCAUGACAUGUACAUAUCCGCAUGAGAUAGUACCGACAAAGACAAGGGGGACCGGAAUGGCCCUUUCUGGCUUAAUAGCCGUCACCAGCCAGUCAUACCCAAACACCAAGUGUGGAUCACUUGAGAUUCGAACCCGGGAUCUUUGUUCAUGGAGUUUGACACUCUACCGUUCAACCACGAGCCCGUUGUCCUGUCGGUUGUGAUCGGGAAUAUUCAUUAUGGACGCUCACCGAUCGGGUUACGGAACGUGAUUUUUCCGUUCUGCCUUGGGACUCAUAUUAGAACCCUCGCAGGCAGUCGCACAGCGCCUGGUAAUAAAGCACGUUCCGUAACCCGAUCUGUGGGCGCCCAUCUGUCGUAAUUUGUAUUCCCGAUCAAAACCGACAGGACAACGGGCCCGUGGCUCAAUGGUAGAGUGUCAAUCUCCAUAACCACAGAUCCCGGUUUCGAAUCGCAAGUGAUCCACACUUUGGGUUGGUAUGACUGGCUGACGACGACAAACAAUCCAGAACUAGUCAUUCCGGUCUCGUUUGUCUUUGCCGGUAAUAACAUACUGUCUCAUUUAUCUCUACUACUAGUCUCUGGGCGACUGCCUACGAGGGUUCUAGUAUGAGACCCAAGGAACAACGGAAAAAGCACGUUCCGUAACGCGACUGGUGAGCGUCCAUCUGUCACACAUCUAGUUUAUAUGGAGGAGGUUCUUCAGAAGCAGUCGAGUUGUACUCGUGAAUUUUCAGAUUUGUGACACAAACAGGUCGUCAGACGAGAUGAUGACGAAAGAUAAAGUGUGACCGUCACAAUAGACCAGCUGGUGCGACAGGACAGACAGAUCCUUAGCGUGUGCGAGGGGUGAUGUGGGCAUAGGAUCACGGUGAAUUCUGAGCCGGGAGGAGAGGAGGGGAGAACAGUUACGGCUUCCUGAGCUGGAAGGGGUGGGGUAGGAUGGUAGUUUUAUGGGGCUGUGGGAGGCUGAAGGCAGGGCUCAGUGCGGCCGUGAUCAGGGCCCUCAUAAAGUACAUCUAGGUGAACAUGGCGGCUGAUACUGCCCACACUGGAGUACCAAGCCUCGAGGAAUUCUCUCGUGCGUUUUGUUUUGGCCAUUGCGACGAUCUCAGUAUGGCCCCAGUUGGAUGGGUGGUCGCAUCCGAGUACAUGUGCGCAAAGACGAGGGACAGUGGGCCAUGGCGACGGAGGGAUACUUUGUGUUCAUUAAUGCGAGUGUUCAGGCGUCAACCCGUGUGACCAACAUACACAAAGAGGCUAUUGGCACACGGAAAACAAUAGGUCACAUUUGUUUGCUGCUCUUUGGGGAUAGGAUCCUUUAUUCGAGGUAAUGCUACGCUUAGAGGUGAUGCUGGAAGUUUAGUAAUGCUGAUACCGACUCGAUUUGACUACCGGAUGGUAACCUCAUAGGGAGAGACACUUUUACGUCAAGAUCUGUCAAUUCCAGUGGGACCCGGAGGGUUGUGGCUGACGCCUGAGGCAGUUCUUCAUAGGACGGAUCAGAUAUCCGUUAGAUCGGAACAACCGAUACAGGGAAGUUAGUUUUUUCCUUGGAAGGUCGUAACCGAUGCACUAGCGGUGGACCCGGUUGAAGAGAUUUCGGGCGCGGCCUCCUUUGUGAGCUUCAGGGUGGUUACUCUUGUAAUUUAGGAUGGUAUCGGCAUUCGAUCCCUUCCUACAAAUGUUCGCUGCGAGAUUACCAACAGUCAGCCUUUGUAUUCUCUCAUCCAGAAACUGCAGGCUGUCUUCUGCUGCCUCUUCUGCACUGAGAAGCCGUCAUCCAGUCUCUGAUGCAGCCGUUCGAAUUAACAUUCAUCUAUGGUGACAAAGGCAUCACUUACGUAGCGAAGCCAUAUUUUUUGCUUGACCGUUUGAAUAACCUCUUUUUCAGUCGCUGUAAGACCAGUUUUGCGAGUAGUCCUGAUAUUGGCGAGCCCAUUGGGGUUCCCUUAGCCUGUGCGUGAUACUUAUUGUCGAAUUGACAGAAGUUCUUGUGCCGGAACUUCAGAAGUUCUAAAACGUGCUGCGUUGGGAUCCCAACAGACUUGUCUCAUAAGUGUUGGACUACGUUUCCAAUUUACAAGUCAUGUGGUACAGAGGAAGACAAGGCAACAACGUCAAAAGACAGGAUGCAUUCGUCAGUACUUAGUCGUAGGUCUUGGAUCCUGUGGAUGAAUGCGUGAGGAUUGUUAAUGCUGUACUCAGGUCCGUAAGUAAACUGCUUCAGAUGACUGUACAACCACUUAAGUAUAUCAUAAGUAGGUGAUCCGAUGAGUGCACUUUGUGCUUCUUUAGGAGACCAUGCGCCUGUGAAAUACAGGGAUCACCGGGGGUCAUAAACUUGGAGACAUUUGGACAUAGGACCUCCUGGGACGAGCGAUUUCAUUGAUUUUUGUCCUCACUUUCUCCUCUGCCUUCAUUUCGCCUGACGACGGGUUAAUUUCACCAACUUGAAGAUUCACGAGUACAACUCGAGUGUUUCCGAAGAACCUCAUUUUGCUCCAUUGUAUCGGCUCGGAAUGCAUAUUGCCUGUUGUCAGAAGAGAGGCGAGAUCAGUUGCCCCAAGUUGCCAUGCAUAUACUGGAAAAUGGUCGCAAAUUUGCUUGGGAAAAGACCUGCAUUGUUGCUUCCUACCCAUUUAAGAAAGACCGAGAAUUUGUGGAGAACAUGUACUCCGAUGUCUCAUGCAUUAGUCGACGCAUCGGAUUGGACGCCGUGUACAGCAAUCUCAAAGUAAAUGUAGAAGGCGACAGCCAGUCUGAAGGCGAUGUCAGUCCACAGUGA